UUCAUCACUCGUACUAAUCACAUUGCAAAGUUAAGAGUUUAAUUUGUUGAAUCGUUUGAGCAAUGGAUUCUACUGCAAAGGUAAAGAAGGGAGCCGGAGGAAGGAAAGGCGGUGGCCCCAAGAAGAAGCCUGUUUCAAGGUCCGUCAAAGCUGGACUCCAGUUCCCCGUUGGAAGGAUUGGCCGUUAUUUGAAGAAAGGAAGGUAUUCGCAGCGGGUCGGAACCGGUGCCCCUGUUUACUUGGCUGCUGUUCUCGAGUAUUUAGCCGCUGAGGUUCUGGAAUUGGCUGGAAACGCUGCACGUGAUAACAAGAAGAACAGGAUCAUCCCAAGGCAUUUGUUGCUGGCUGUGAGGAACGAUGAAGAACUGGGGAAGCUUCUCGCCGGUGUCACCAUCGCUCACGGUGGAGUGUUACCGAACAUCAACCCGGUAUUGUUGCCAAAGAAGACUGAAAAGGCUGCCAAAGAACCCAAAUCUCCAUCGAAGGCCACCAAGUCUCCCAAGAAAGCUUAGUUUGAAUUGACUCGGAUUAGCAGGAGUUCUAAUAUUCUUAGCUGU